AUGCCAGCAAAAACAACCACAGCAACCGAGAGCAUCAGGGUACAAACAGAGGAGCAGAACAUGGAAGUGUCACGCAGGAACGAGGAGAAUUGCACCAGUCGCAUUAAAGAUCAAUCAGAGCUGCAGUUUGAUGUGUGGAACAAAACCAGAGUGAUGACAUCACUACCCAGAAACCUCCGAUUUACAUGUCACAAUCAGAAGGUGCUGGGUGUUGUCGCCACAGAUGUCAUACCUGUAGGUACACGGUUUGGUCCCCUGCAAGGAGAACAUCUUCACCCUGAAGACACAUCUGCAAACAUCUGCGGAAAACACAUCUGGAUGAUCUCAGAUGGGCGAUUACAUCACUUCAUGUCUUGUGAGGAUGAAGGCAGCAGCAACUGGAUGCAUUUUGUAAACUCUGCCCCGUCUCCUUGGCAACAGAAUCUUGCAGCAUGCCAAGCUGGGAUGCAGAUUUACUUCUACACAGUGAAGGUUCUGAUGCCGGGGGAGGAGCUACUGGUGGGGCGGAGCCUGGAAUACAAACAGCCAAUGAGCACCAGCCUCACUUUAGCUCAGAGUCAAGACGAAGACCAAGUUUGUGUGGAGAGAGAGAAUCCAUUGAGAAAGAGAAAGAGAGGUCACACCAUCACUGAGAUUCUGGAACAGGAUCCCUGGACUGGCUUUUCAUCUAGUUUUCCAACUCCCCAAACCAAACUGCUCAGUCUGAAAGAGAGUUACAGCACACACUCUAAAUUUUACCCUCAACAGAUUGCAAAAAACACCCUGGUCUCAACCAGAACGGACCAAAAUCCAAAACUGGCUCCAUUUUUGAUGACUAAUGACAUUUCUGACUCCCCCAUAACUCAGAAAAGGACACCUGGUAUAGGAGGGCAUAUACACAUCCCUGCUAUCCCACAAUCCUCUCUGCUAAUGUAUAUCCGGCCUGUUGUUCAAUCUGUGCCUACACAACAGCCAAUCGGACUUGACCGAACAACACCACAAAUGUCCCACCAUACCUCCCUUUCUUCAAUUCACAUGUAUCCAUCUCUUUCUAAAAUAAAAUUAAAUGAGAAUCACCUUUCAUUAGCGUUGACCAAUAGAAAAAGCCCCAGGCUUUCAACAGCCAGUCAGGCGAGAGACUCCAUAGCUCAUGUGAAUGCGGGUUCAUCAUCACUUUCAGAACUUAAAGACUCCACAACAAUGCCAUGUCACCAGCCUGUGACAUCACCGCCAGCUCUCAGUGAUGCAGCCAAUUUCUCUACUCAUUCUUCUGCUGAUGCUACCUUGGUUACUGAUGACAUCACAACCAAGAAACGCUCACCUGAGGUGGGUGUGUCUGCACUAGAAGUCUCUAGCUCUGCACAUCAUGGCACAAAUUCCCAGGGUGACCAAAAGCAAGGACAUAAUAUAGGUCACAGGGCUCUACCGUACCCAUUAAAAAGACAAAAUGGAAAGAUUCACUAUGAAUGUAAUGUAUGCAGGAAGAACUUCAGCCAGCUUUCCAACUUGAAGGUUCAUCUGAGGGUUCACAGUGGUGAGAAACCAUACAGGUGUGUCACCUGCAGGAGGAACUUUUCCCAGCUGGCUCAUCUUCAGAAGCACAUCCUGGUCCAUACAGGAGAGAAACCACAUGCAUGUCAUGUGUGCAGUAGGCGCUUCAGCAGCAGCAGUAACCUGAAGACUCACCUGCGGCUGCACUCAGGUGAGCGGCCGUACGUCUGUAAGCAAUGCCCUGCCCGCUUCACCCAGCACAUCCAUCUGCGGCUCCACAGACGCUUGCACACCUCCCCGCACCCACAUCUGUGCCCGCAGUGCCCUCGCAAGUACACAAACCUGUGUAGUCUACAGAUACACUUGCACCAGUUCUGUCCCGCCUCCAGCCUCACAGGCUCCGCCUCUCAGCUGGACCUAGCCAAUGACGAGAUCGAGAGGUUUGACUUCAGUGAGGCAGCAGGGAGCCUUGAGGUUGUCAUGGAGACUGAUUCCAUCAAGAGGAUGUGCCAGUUGAUCUGGGCACGGGUGCUUGCAGGUCCUGUCCAACAGGGAGCAGCACAUGAGCUGAUGAGAUGCGAGCAGACCUUUCCAAAUACAGUAAUAAUGCAAAAUGAAUUAUCCAGCCCUCUUUCUCAAAAGGUUAUUGUGAAACAAGAAGAAUAA